AUGAAGCUAGACAGACAAUCCGAUAAAAAAAGCGAAAGCGACAGAGAGCGACGCAGACGGAGGAGCGAAGGCCAACGACCCUCCUAUCGACUCGGCGAGCUCGGCGACGACGCACAAGCAGCCAAGCAAACGGCGGCGGCGACGAGCAACAAGCAGCCAGCAAACGGCGGCGGCGACGACGAGCAACAAGCAGCCAAGCAAACGGCGGCGGCGACGACGAGCAACAAGCAGCAAGCAAACGGCGGCGGCGGACGAAACAAGCAGCCAAGCAAACGGCGGCGGCGACGAGCAACAAGCAGCAAGCACGGCGGCGGCGACGAGCAACAAGCAGCAACGGGCGGCGGCGACGCAACAAGCAGCAAAAACGGCGGCGGCGAAGCAACAAGCAGCCAAGCAAAACGGCAACAAGCAGGCGGCGCGGCGGCGACGAAGCAACAAGCCAAGCAAAACGGCGGCGACGACGAGCAACAAGCAGCCAAGCAAACGGCGGCGGCGGCGACGAGCAACAAGCAGCCAAGCAAAACGACGCAGCAAAAACGAGCAACAAGCAGGCAAACGGCGCGGCGGCGACGAGCAACAAGCAAAAACGGCGGCGGCGGCGACGAGCAACAAGCAGCCAAGCAAACGGCGGCGGCGACGACGAGCACAAGCAGCCAAGCAAACGGCGGCGGCGGCGACGAGCAACAAGCAGCCAAGCAAAACGGCGCGGCGGCGACGAGCAACAAGCAGCCAAGCAAACGGCGGCGACGACGAGCAACAAGCAGCCAAGCAAACGGCGGCGGCGGCGACGCAGCAAGCAACACGACGGCUACAACACGAGCAAGCAGCAAGCAAACGGCGGCGGCGGCGACGAGCAACAAGCAGCCAAGCAAACGGCGGCGGCGACGACGAGCAACAAGCAGCCAAGCAAACGGCGGCGACGGUCGCCAAGCAAACGGCGGCAAGCAACAAGCAGCGCAAACGGCGUCGAGCAACAAGCAGCCAAGCAAACGGCGGCGGCGACGACGAGCAACAGCCAAGCAGGCGGCGGCGGCGAGAGCAUCCCGAGCGGCAGCCAGCCCGGGUCGCCGCCGUAUCGGGUCAGCCGAUCUUCUCCGGUUAGCAAUAUCGGGCCGCGAGUUCCGCCGCACGGAAUAG